UAGGAUCAUUGCCCCCUACAAAUAUCAAAAUUGUAUACCUACAACCAGUACGGCCACGUAUCCCUCGCUAGUUUUACUUAUGUGCCAGGAUGUUGUCGGUUCCCUCUCGCAUUACUUCAGCUAUUUGUUUCUCCCCAAAGUGUCCUGGAUCACUUGCGUAUCUCUCUCUCUCUCUCCUGCUAUCUGAGAAAUCAUGGUCCUCUCUCUAAUUCCUGUGAUCUGAGAAAUCAUGGGCAUGAUUUGAGUGCCUUUUCCGUGGCAGCGUCUAUGUUGUUUCUGUAAGUUCGAUAGUUUCACUUCUCAGAAGUAAUGGCUGUUCCAGUUGAGGAGGCCAUUUCAGCUCUUUCUACCUUUUCUUUAGAGGAUGAUCAACCAGAUGUACAAGGGUUGGCUGUUCAACUGUCUGCUGAAAGAUAUGCUACAAGUAGUCCAAUUGAGUAUGCUGAUGUAGCUGCAUAUCGUUUGUCAUUAGUGGAAGACACAAAAGCCAUUAAUCAACUGAACUCCCUGAUUCAAGAGGGAAAGGAAAUGUCAUCUGUGCUUUAUACAUACCGAAGUUGCGUCAAAGCUUUACCUCAGUUGCCAGAUUCUAUGAAACAAAGCCAAGCAGAAUUGUACUCGGAGACUUAUCAGGUCCUGGACUUGGAGAUGAGUCGUUUGCGAGAAAUUCAGCGUUGGCAGGCUUUGGCAGCAUCUAAAUUAGCAGUGGACAUGCAGCGAUUUUCGAGGCCAGAGAGGCGCAUUAAUGGUCCUACAAUUACUCAUCUCUGGUCCAUGCUUAAGUUGCUAGAUGUUUUACUAAACCUCGAUCAUCUCAAAAAUGCCAAAGCAAGCAUACCUAAUGAUUUUUCAUGGUACAAGAGGACAUUUACCCAAGUCAGUGUUCAGUGGCAGGAUACUGAUUCCAUGAGAGAGGAGUUAGAUGAUUUGCAGAUAUUUUUAAGCACGAGAUGGGCCAUACUACUAAACUUACAUGUGGAGAUGUUCCGCGUCAACAAUGUGGAGGAUAUCCUUCAAGUUCUUAUAGUUUACUGUGUAGAGUCUUUGGAAUCCGAUUUCGCACUUUUGUUUCCGGAGCAUUACUGUCUUCUGCGAGUUUUACCUGUUCUUGUUGUUUUAGCAUCAUCGUCUGAAAAGGAUGGGGAUUCCUUAUAUAAGAGGGUUAAAAUUAAUCGCCUAAUUAAUAUAUUCAAGAACGACCCUGUUAUCCCUGCAUUUCCCGAUCUUCACCUUUCUCCCGCUGCAAUGUUAAAAGAGCUUUCUGGGUACUUCCAAAAAUUUUCAAGCCAAAGUCGCCUUUUAUCACUUCCUGCACCGCAUGAGAUUGGACCCCGAGAGACACAAGACUACCAGAGGCGUUAUUUAAUCAUCAACCACAUUGGAACUAUCCGUUUGGAGCACGACGAUCAUGCGAUACGUUUUGCCUCAGCCAUGAAUCAGGUUAUAUUAAUGAAGUCAACAGAUGGUGCCGAUUCUGAAUGGUGCAAGGAGGUCAAGGGAAAUCUGUAUGAUAUAAUUGUAGAAGGGUUUCAACUUCUCAGUAGAUGGACUGGACGAAUAUGGGAACAGUGUGCAUGGAAAUUUUCUCACCCAUACAGAAAUGCUGAUUCCCAAGAACCACGUGAAAUUUCAGCGGCUUUCUCUGAUUAUGAAAAAGUCGUUCGAUGGAACUAUAUGGUGGAGGAGAGGAAGGCAUUGGUUGAGGUAGUGAGUUAUAUAAAGAGCAUAGGUUCAAUGCUGCAUCAAUAUGAUACAGUUGUGGCAGAUGCUCUAUGGGAAACCAUUCAUGCUGAAGUCCAAGAUUUUGUACAGAACAAAUUAGCGGCCAUGCUGCGAACAACAUCCCGAAAGAAGAAAGACUUGUCCAGGAUUUUGUCAGACAUGAGGACACUUUCAGCAGAUUGGAUGGCGAAUACUGGCAAGUCGGACUCUGGACCUCAAUCCUUGCAACAGGGGGGUGAAGGUUCCAAUGGGAACACUUUUCAUCCAAGAGCAGUGGCACCAACUACUGCCCAGGUGCAUUGCCUCCAAUUUUUAAUUUAUGAGCUCGUUUCUGGUGGUAAUCUGAGAAAAUCAGGAGGCGUAUUUGGAAACAGUGGCUCAGAGGUUAUGCCUAAUGAUUUGAAGCAGUUGGAGACCUUUUUUUACAAGCUCAGCUUUUUCCUCCAUAUUCUGGACUAUACAGUUACACUUGAAACAUUGACGGAUCUUGGUUUUCUCUGGUUCCGGGAAUUUUAUUUGGAGUCCUCUCGGGUUAUCCAGUUUCCAAUAGAAUGUUCUCUUCCCUGGAUGCUGGCGGACUAUGUAAUUGAAACUGAAGAUGGAGGGCUUAUAGAGAGUGUUUUGAUUCCAUUUGAUAUUUAUAAUGAUGCUGCACAACAUGCAUUAGUUGUCUUGAGACAACGCUUUCUGUAUGAUGAGAUAGAAGCUGAGGUGGAUCUUUGUUUUGAUCAACUUGUUUUCAAGCUAAGUGAGAGUAUUUUUGCAUACUAUAAGAGCCAUGCUGCGAGCAAAUUGCUUGAUCCAGCAUUUGUGUUUGCUUCGGAUAAUGCUGAUAAAUAUUCUCUCCCAUCACUCCGAUAUGAUGCUUUACUCAAAAUGAAAAGGGUGAAGCUAUUGGGAAGAAGUGUCGAUUUGAGAAGUUUAAUUGCGCAACGGAUGAAUAAAGCAUUUCGAAAGAACAUUGCAUUCCUAUUUGAUCGCUUCGAUUCACAAGAUAUUUGUGCUGUGGUGGAACUGCAACAACUCCUAGAUGUUUUACGACUCACUCAUCGCCUUCUUUCUGAAUAUCUCACUAUAGACCCAUUCACACCAAUAUUGAUGGAGAUGCAAGAAAAUGUUUCCCUUGCUUCAUUUUCUGGUCGAUUGGCUUCUCAGGUGUUCACAGAGAUGCAGAAUGACCUCUUGCCCAAUUUUAUUCUUUGUAAUACAACUCAGCGGUUUGUUCGUUCCCCAAAAAUGCUCCACCAACCCAUUCAAAAGUCAUCUGUCCCUCAGGGAAAGCCUAGUUUCUAUUGUGGUUCUCAAGAGUUGAAUGUUGCAUACCAUAGUUUUGCGCAGCUAUACAGCAAGUUUUUUGGACUACCUCACAUAUUUGCUAUACUUAAACUUCUGGGAUCUAGAUCAAUCCCAUGGCUUAUUAGAGCUUUGCUUGAUCUUCUAACAGUCAAGGUGAACUCACUGGAAUCAAAGAUUAUGGUAUUGCAAGAAUCAUUUCCGAAGUCAAUUGGAUUGGUGCCAUUUGAUGGUGGCGUUGCAGGUUCUUUGAGAGUUAUCCAUGAACAAUUACAUUGGGCAUCAACAUCGGAAUUCAAAGUUGAAAUUCUCCAUUGUUUGAAGGAGAUUGGGAGCAUACUUUUCUGCAUGGGCCUUUUUGACAUUGUUCUGAGAGAAGUUGAGACAACCCAGUUCUUGCAGAUCGCUCCAUGGUUGGGUUUGGUUCCUGGAAAUGAAGGACAAGUGCAGCAAGAUCUAAAGGAAAAUGGCAAUAGCCCUAUCAUCAGCCUCUUUAAAUCUGCAACUACUGUGAUUGCAACAUUACCAAGUUGUCCAAGUCCAUCAUCUUUCUUGACCAUGUCAAAGCAAGCAGAAGCUGCUGAUGUAUUUUACAAGAACAACCUGCAUUCAGGAAGUGUGCUUGAAUAUUCUCUUGCGUAUACAAGUGCGGCAUUGGACAGGCUCCGCAGCAAAUGGAGCUCUAAUCCCAAGACUGGCUUCAUUGACAUCACAACCUCAAAGGAUUUCUACCGAAUUUACGGCGGCCUUCAAUUUGUAUGUAUGGAAGAGUCCCUUCAAGAUGCCUCAAGAAAGCAUGAAUGCUUAGGGGAUUCUGUGGCUUGGGGUGGCUGUUCAAUUAUAUACUUGCUUGGUCAACAGCUGCACUUUGAACUUUUUGAUUUUUCCUAUCAACUUCUUAAUGUAGCAGAGGUGGAAAAUACAAGCAGUGGUCAAUCCAUGUCUUCAGAUAGAACCAAGAAUACCCACUAUCCCCAGGGGUGGGAGAACUUGAUAGAAGGUGCAAAGAAAGUGAGAAGAUUGAACAACCAUGUUUUCUCAAUGUUGAAAGCUCGUUGCCCAUUUGAGGACAAGACAGCAUGUGCAAUUAAACCUAGUGGUGCCCCUCUCCCUCGGGUCAAGUACGAAAACACUGUUUCAGCAUUCGAGACACUACCACAGAAAGCCAAAAUUUCCUCAUCUUUUGGUUGAUUGAAGCUUAUCUUUAAGCUUUAGUCACUCCUAGCAUUUUUACAUCUAUGUUUUGUUCAUUAACUCGUGUAUGUAAUCAGAGUGUUGUAAUCUUUGUGAUGCUAUGUUGGAAUUGAGCAUCCAUAUAUUCUUAUUCAUGGAAUGGAGGCUUCAUUCACUACGUCUAAAGUUUCAUGUACUUUAUUGUAUGUUAAGGCCAAUAAUAUCACAUUGUUUGGUGCGUAUAGCAUGUAGCCCCAGGAGUUUGCUGCCCACUUACUCGCUUGGAUAAAAAACUUACUUUGGAGCUGAA